UUAGAAAAAUAAAUCCACAAGAAAUUGUAGUGGCUGAGAUUUCUCCUUUCUUCUCCCUAACUGUACUUUCACCCAAGUUUUAGGUCUCACCGAAAAGUAGCUGGGUUUCACUUCUGUUAUGCAUCUUCGGUUUUCUCUUACAAAUCAUUUCUCCUUACCCAAAAAAUUGUUUUAAAAAAUUCUGUUGAUUCCGACCUACUAAUUGCCUGAAACUAUGAGUUCUCCAACAGGUAUCUGGUGAACUCGUUUUUCAUGCGUGAUUGUUGCUUCCAGAGUUCUCAUCCUCCAUGGCCAUCUCUCAAGUUGAGUAGACCGAGACAAGAAAAUUAAUUGCUUUUUAUUUUCUUGUCAACCAAACAGAAGGUUUUGGCGUCUACGGGUUCGUUUUGGUGAGGAUUCUGAAUAAAGGAAUUUUCUUUUAAGUUCUUUGGAAGAAGCCGUCUCUUCUCUCUGUUACGUAGUAAAUAGCUAUCAUCAGGUUUUGUGGAGUUCAAAAACGGCUUUAUUAUUUGUACUAUUGGAUGUGGAAAGAAAUGAAAGAAGGUUUGUGUUAUACCCAUUGGUUGUUAGAGAGGAUUUGAAGCUGCGGUAACGCUGCCGAGGUCCUGUCGAUGGACACCUACUUCUCUGGAGAAGAACUCGUCAUUAAGACUAGGAAGCCUUAUACUAUUACCAAACAACGUGAACGAUGGACCGAGGAGGAGCAUAAUAGGUUCCUAGAGGCCUUGAAGCUCUAUGGACGAGCUUGGCAACGCAUUGAAGAACACAUAGGAACAAAGACUGCCGUGCAGAUCAGGAGUCAUGCUCAAAAGUUCUUUUCGAAGUUGGAGAAGGAGGCACUUGCUAAAGGCAUGCCAAUAGGUCAAGCUCUUGACAUAGAAAUUCCACCUCCACGCCCUAAAAGAAAACCAAGCAACCCUUAUCCUCGAAAAACCGGGGCUGCUACGGCUUUACAGGUGGGAGCUAAGGAUGGAAAAUCAGAAACGCCAAUAUCUUCUUUGCGUUACAAGCAAGUGUUGGACUUGGAGAAAGAACCACUUCCGGAGAGACCUAAUGGAGAUGAAAAGCCUACACAUCUGAAAGAAAAUCAAGAUGAGAGUUGCUCUGAGGUUUUUACCCUUCUCCACGAAGCCAACUGCUCGUCUGUGUCUUCCAUGAACAAGAAUUCUAUACCAACAUCAGCAGCACUGAGAAACUCUUGCACAUUUAGGGAGUUUGUACCUUUGCUAAAAGAGGUAAUAAAUCAUGAUAAACAUAAAUUCUACGUCACUCUCAAACUUAAAGAAAUUUAUGAGGCUUAUAAAUUUAAUGUCCAACAAACAAUUCAGGAUAAUGGUACAAGUAAGGCUUCAAACUUGGAGAAUUCUUGCACUUCAUAUGAGAAAUCAGCUCAAGGCCAGAGAAAAGAUGAGUUGGAUGGUGCUUUACGUACAGAUGAGAUGCAAGCCACUCAAAAUUAUCCUCGGCAUGUUGCUGUACAUGUCCUAGAUGGAAGCCUGGGUACAUGUGCUCAAAAUCCUUCUCUGGAUAUGCCAUUUCAGGAUUCAGUAUUUCACCCUAUGGGCGAUGUUCAUGGACGACCUAAUCUGUUUGCAAAUCCAGCUGCCUCUGCUACUACUGAACAUCAGAAUAAUGCACCAAGAUCAACUCAUCAGGCAUUUCCAACUUUUCAUGCUCCCUUUACACAUGUUUGCCCCAAUCAAGAGGACUAUCGAUCAUUUCUACAUGUCUCCUCCACUUUUUCGAGUCUCAUUGUAUCUAAUUUGUUACAGAAUCCAGCUGCUCAUGCAGCAGCAAGCUUUGCAGCCACAUUUUUCCCGUACGCAAAUGUUGAAAGUUCUGCUGAUUCUCCCGCUUGUGGACAAGGAGGUUUCCCAUCUAGACAAAUGAACUCUGCUCCAAGUAUGGCUGCAAUUGCUGCUGCAACCGUAGCAGCUGCCACUGCAUGGUGGGCUGCCCAUGGACUGCUUCCUGUAUGUGCUCCUCUGCACACUGGCUUUACCUGUGCUCCUGCAUCCACUGUUGCAGUUCCACCAAAGGAGAAUGGUCAAGCUCCAGCUGCAAAGACAGAAAGAAAAGAUAAUACUGAUCAAGAUCUAUCCACGCAGGACCGACAGCUGGACCCUGAAUACUCUGAAGCUUUGCAAGGUCAACAUUCAGCAUUGAAAUCACCUACUUCAUUAUCAUCAGACUGUGAAGAGAGUGGAGAUGCAAAAGUGAGGACUGGAGUGAAAGCUGCUGAUGACGAGAAGGCUGCUGAAGUAACUGAGCCACAGGAUGCAAAUAAAACAAAGAACAGAAAACAAGUUGACAGGUCCUCGUGUGGUUCUAAUACAACUUCGAGUAGUGAGGUGGAGACAGAUGUGUUAGAAAAACAUGAGAAAGACAAGGAAGAUUCAAAAGGAGCCGAUGCAAAUCAUCCACAAGUUGAAUGUAGUAACCGCCGUGGUAGAAGCAGUAGCAACCUGAGUGAUUCUUGGAAGGAGGUAUCUGAAGAGGGGCGACUGGCUUUUCAAGCCCUCUUCUCUAGAGAGGUACUGCCACAAAGCUUUUCUCCUCCACACGACGGCAAGAAUAAGGGGCAGCAAAAGGAAAAUGUAGGUGAAGAGAAGCAAAAUCCAAAUGAGAAAUCAACUUUAGACCUCAACAGCAAGACAUUGGGAUCUUGUUCUGACCAAGAAGAAGAUGAGAAAAAUGCAUUGUCAAGAGGUGAGAACAUUGUGGAGGAGGGCCUGCUGACGAUUGGACUAGGACAUGCAAAGCUCAAGGCCCGCCGAACAGGAUUUAAACCUUACAAAAGGUGUUCUGUGGAAGCCAAGGAAAACAGAGUGAUGAACACCGGCAGUCAAGUUGAAGAGAAAGGUCCCAAGAGGAUACGCUUGGCAGGGGAAGCUUCAACUUGACUUACGCUAUUGCAUGCAAUCGACAAAGCUUUGUUUGUUGUGUGUAAUCUCUAAUUUUCCCCCAUAUCUUUUUACCUUUCAAGCUUAAUUUUAAGACUUGCAGCUCAAGAGACUUUUCGUGUAGAUGUGUUGUGUACUAUAUGUCUACUACAUUAACUUAUUUACUUUCCUGGACUAUGCCAGUGCAGUUAUAAACUCCUGAAAUAGACUUAGACAAGAAGCACCAAGUACUGAAUGGCCCUUGAUUUGGCCUCUUUUCUCCAAA